CGUCCGUUUUGCGCCAUCAAGCGCAGCAGCAGCAGCAGGCGCAGGACGCCGCUUGCUGCCCUGCUGACAAGCAGGCGCCCCGUACCGGCGGCUCGUGGCUGCCGCUCCUGCAGCUGCAGCACAGUGCUGCCUGAGCAUUCGGAACGCAACGCGAACGAAACGCAACAGCCACUGCUCGACGCUCGUCUCGUCCGCACCACCUCCUUCGCUCGCCAUGUCGCAACGCCCGACACCGAGCUCGCUGAAGAGCGCCUACUUCACGCCGCUGGGCACGCCGCUCGGCCUCAGCGAGAACGCGCCCGGCGGCAGCACGCCCGCCGACUCGCCCGGCGAGGCACGCUCCAGCGCCGCCUCGACCGUCGCGGCCGCCGACGACAAUGGCGAGGGCGCCAAAUCGCAGAAGGACCUGCGCGAUGCCGAGCGGCGCCUCGAGACGGAGGCAGACGACGACCACGAGGACGAGGCGGAGAAGGCCGACAAGGCCAACGAGGUUGGCUGGGAGGGCGACAGCGAUCCAUUGAACCCACAGAACUGGAGCCCGAGGAAGAAGUGGCUCAUCACCAUUCUUGUCUCGGUCUUGACCGUCAACGUCACCUUUGCCUCGUCCGCGCCGUCAUCCGCCACGAUGCUCAUCUCGCAGCGCUUCCAAGUUGGCACUGUCGUCUCGACUCUUGUGCUCACGACGUGCUUCCUGCUGGGCUACUGCUUCGGGCCCAUCGUGUGGAGCACCUUCUCCGAGCUCUUCGGCCGCCGCCCCGUCUUCAUCUUCACCUUCCUCGGCUACAUGUGCUUCAUCAUCGGACAGCCGCUGGCGACGAACAUCCAGACGUUUGCCAUCACGCGCUUCCUCAGCGGCCUCUGCGCCGCCAGCCCCCUGACGAACGCGGGCGGAGUCAUCGCGGACAUGCACGAUGCGCUGAACCGCGGCUAUGCCAUGAGCCUGUUCUCGGGCUCAGUGUUCAUCGGUCCCUGCCUGGGCCCCAUUGUGGGCUCGUUCGUUGCGCAGGAGGUCGGCUACGAGUGGAUCUUCUGGGUCAUCCUCAUCUUCGCCUUCGUCUGCUGGCUGGGCGUCGUCAUCUUCCUGCCCGAGACGUUUGCGCCCGUGCUGCUGGCCAAGAAGGCCAAGAAGCUCCGCAAGGAGGGCAACGAGAAGGCAUGGGCGCCGCACGAGCGCACGGACUGGAGCGUCGGAGGUGUCGCGAAGCGGACAUUGCUUCGUCCCUUCCAGAUUCUCGCCCUCGAGCCGAUGCUGCUGCUCAUCACAAUCUACCUUUCGGUGGUGUACGGCCUGCUGUACGGCCUGUUCGAGGGCCUGCCCGUCAUCUUCCAGGAGAUUCACGGCUUCAGCCUCGGGCUGGCGGCGCUGCCGUUCGUCGGCGUGCUGGUCGGCACGACGCUCGGUGCUGGACUCAACGUGCUGCUCUCGCGCAAGUACCGCGAGCUGCAGAUCAUCUGGAAGGGCUCCGUGCCGCCGGAGGAGCGCCUCACGGGCGCCAUGAUCGCCGGCUGGCUGCUGGCCAUCGGCUGCUUCUGGCUCGGCUGGACGGGCUUCCGCGCCGACAUCCACUGGGCUGCUCCGGCCGUGGCGCUCGUGCCCAUCGGCAUGAGCUUCACGCUCAUCUUCAUCACGCUGCUCACCUACAUCACGGACUCGUACCUGAUGUACGCCGCGUCGGCGCUGGCGAGCAACACCAUCUUCCGCAGCGCCUUCGGCGCCGCGUUCCCCCUCUUCACGCGCCAGUUCUUCACGAACCUCGGCCCCAAUGUGGCCUGCUCGAUCCUCGGCGGCAUUGCGAUCCUGCUCGCGCCGACGCCCUUCCUCUUCUAUCGCUACGGCAGCCGCAUCCGCAAGCACUCCAAGUUUGCCCCGUGCCCGGACUUCAAGGUGCGCGAGGAGCUGGAGCAGGACGGCAUCCUGCCCGAGGACAGUCUCAAGUCGAAGGACCCCGACGCGCGCACGGGCGUCAAGGCGUGGCGCCGCCGCCAGGCCGACGAGAAGAACGGCCACGCGGGUGCAUAAGGCUCGUCGACGCUCCGCUGCAGCAGCCCAAGUGGCUGGGCCCGUGCGGACCAUGUCCCGGCCUCAUAGACGGAUAUCACGCUGCCCCAAGAUGCUCUAAUGACCAUAGAUGCCCUCCGACGUGUGCCGCAGGCGAGACUG